GUGGGAUACUGGAGGUCCCGACUGUCUGUUGGCGGCAUUAGCCGCAACGGGAGCGUCGAAGCGGGUCGUUUUUAUCGGCGAAAAAAGACCGGAGGACCGCUUCAGCCCUUUCCUAUGAGAGAGGGAAGAAAGAACGAAGGAUGCCGAGAGUUUGUACGACCCUGCCCUGCAGGAGGAUAAGCGCCGAGCUCGACUGCUCCAGUUGCAGAGUUGGGCUGACCCUGUAGCACGACAUAUAUCGCUAUGCCUGCUGUUUGGCCGACUCUUCUGGAUCUCAGCAGGGAUGAAUGCAAGAGAAUACUCCGAAAGCUUGAACUUGAAGCUUAUGCUGGUGCUAUCAGUGCACUCCGUGCACAAGGUGACCUUACUAAGGAAAAAAAGGAUCUUCUUGGAGAAUUGGCCAAAGUUCUUAGCAUUUCAACAGAGCGUCACCGUGCUGAAGUUCGAAGGGCAGUUAAUGAUGAAAGGCUGAUGACUAUUGCACAUCACAUGUCUGGGCCUAACAGCUCAGCUGAAUGGUCCAUUGAAGGCCGUCGACUUGUCCCCCUCAUGCCCAGGCUGGUUCCUCAGACAGCAUUCACAGUGACAGCGAAUGCAGUAGCAAAUGUGGCAGCUCUCCAUAAUGCCACUCUUCCAUCACCAGCUGAAACUGGUAACAAAGAAGUGAUUGUGUGUUAUUCAUACACAAGUACAACUCCCACACCAGCUUCAACAACUAUACCCAGUGGAAGUGUAGCAACGGUCAAAUCUCCCAGACCCGCCAGUCCUGCUUCCAAUGUUGUUGUACUGCCAAGUGGAAGCACGGUGUAUGUGAAAAGUGUUAGCUGUGCUGAUGAAGAUGAUAAACCUCGUAAACGCAGGCGUACAAAUUCAUCAAGUUCUUCCCCUGUGGUACUGAAAGAGGUUCCCAAGUCAGCCACACCGGUUGCCAAGUCCAUUGCAGUUCCUGUUGGAAGUAGCCCAAAAGUGAGCAACAUCAUGCAGAGCAUUGCAAACUCCAUUCCCUCGCACAUGUCGCCAGUGAAGAUAACUUUCACAAAGCCCACAACCCAAACAACAAACACAACUACUCAGAAGGUGAUAAUUGUAACCACAUCGCCGAGUUCAACGUUUGUACCCAAUAUUCUGUCCAAGUCUCAUAAUUAUGCAGCUGUCACCAAACUUGUGCCAACGUCUGUCAUUACCACCACCACACAACGACAGCCAAUGGUCAUCACUGCCACGCAGCCGCCCUUUACUGUCGGCAGCACUCCUUCAUCCUCUGCCACUGCUAUGUCUAUGAUUUCGUCAACAUCUUCUGUUGUAAUGUCAACGAUAGCUCAAGCUGCAUCUGGCACUGCAGUAAAAGUCACUGCAGCUAGGCUUCAGUCUCCUAAAACACCAACCCAGAUCUUGACCCAGUUUCCCAAACAGCAGCAGCCACAACAGGUUUCCCAGUCCCCACAACAGCAAUCCCAGCAGUCGCAGACCUCGCCUGGUGUCAAACCCACCAUUCAAAUCAAGCAAGAGUCGGGUGUGAAGAUAAUAACGCAGCAGAUGCAGCCCAGUAAAAUUCUGCCUAAGCCGGUCACAAUGUCUAGUACGAGCACUUCACCUAUCAUGGUAGUUAGCAGCAAUGGUGCUAUCAUGACAACCAAACUGGUUACUACACCAACAGGUACCCAAACUACUUAUACACGUCCUACAUUGAAUCCCACCAUCAGUGCCCGUAUGGCCGCAUCUCCAGGAUCUGCCACCUACAUGAAAACUACAAGUGGGAGCAUCAUCACUGUAGUACCAAAAUCACUCGCUACAUCUCUUGGCGGAAAGAUUAUCAGCAGCAGCAUUGUGUCUGGAACAACAACAAAAAUAACAACCAUCCCAAUGACUUCUAUGACAUCAAAGCCAAAUGUUAUUGUUGUGCAGAAGACUGCAGGGAAGGGAACAACGAUCCAGGGUAUUCCAGGAAAAAAUGUAGUCACAACGUUGUUAAAUGCAGGGGGUGAGAAGACUAUUCAGGCAGUACCUGCAGGGACAAAGCCAGCAAUUAUCACAGCAACAAGGCCCAUCACUAAAAUGAUUGUGGCUCAGCCAAAAGGGGUGGGUUCGUCAGUGCAGCCCACUACAAAAAUCAUCCCCACGAAGAUUCUCUAUGGACAGCAAGGGAAAACGCAGGUUCUAAUUAAGCCAAAGCCUGUGGCUUUCCAGGCCACAAUGGUAAGUGAGCAGACCCGCCAACUAGUGAGUGAAACUUUACAGCAGGUCUCAAGAGUGACAGAGGGGAGCAACACGCCUGGUCAAGAAAGUAGCCUGAAAGAAGAAGCACAAUCCUUUGCAGAGGGCAGCGGUGGGAAUCUUACCUCCAGUGACUCUGUACAAAGCUCGCAAGGCAAAAGCCGAUCGUACAUCGAGGUACAGAAAACCCGAAAUAAUUAUUUGAACUCUCAGCAAGUGGUUCAUGUCAUUUCAUCAAGAAAUCAGGACUGGACAGAACAUGAAGUUUCCAUGGACACCAGCCCCACCAUCAUUUACCAGGAUGUCUCUGGGGAAUCGCAGUCAGCCACUUCCACUAUUAAAGCACUGCUAGAGCUCCAACAGACAGGAAAAGAAAAGCUGGAGUCUAAACCUCGACAACCAACUAUUGACCUCAGUCAGAUGGCAGUCCCAAUACAGAUGACACAGGAGAAGAGGCAGUCUCCAGAAAGCCCAGCCAUCACUGCUUUGGACUCGGAGCUGGCUUCUGAGUACUUCAGCUCUGGUAAAUGCAUCAAGCCUGUAGUCUCCAGUUCAGGCGCUGGUUCUGGUGAAGUGGGACUGACAUCACUAAUAUCAAGUGGUCAACAGCAACAGACAGCGCAGCAUUCCACAGGGGUGAAAUCAGUCCCAGUAUCCUCUGCGAUUGCUGUCACACACAUUCUUCAGCAGAUCCCGAUAAAAUUACAAACAGUUACAGAGCAAAGUUCUGCAGCCAAACAGGAGGACUCUGAGGCUGAACAAAGUGAAGUAGAAGAGGGUGACACAUUGGACCCACAAACUGGUCUCUUCUACAGGUCAAACACCUCAAUACAACCGGCACAGCCUCAAGAGAAGCAAGUGCACCAACCCCAAGAGAUGGCACAGACCAAAUCCCCGACACUGCAGCAAGUCUCUACAGCAAUGACCCAGGCACCACAAGCCAUGGUGCAGGUGAUAGCAGUCAAAGCGCAACAGCAGCUUCCAAAGCUGCUGCAUCAAGCACAACAGAAACCACGGUCGCAGUCCCCGCAUCCACAGCAUCAGCCGGAUAAAUCGCAGCUAGCCGUAAAACAGGCUGUCUCAACGGAGCAGCACCUUCCUGGCCAGGCACAUCCGCCCAUCAUAACCCAAGGAGCAGCAGUCACCAAAAUAUGUUUUGGAAAUUACCAAGCCACUACCAUCAUGAAAACGGCCGGUGGCAGCUCAGAGGGUUCAGUAUUGGCAACAAACCAUUACACGGUGCAGUCUUCCAAAAAGUCAAUGGACACAGAUAUUUUAAAGAUGUCAAUGAUGGAGGCCCAGAUCGAAAUGAAUGAGGAAGCCUCCAAUGUAGACGCUAGAAAAGAAAAGAAACCUACCGUGCAGAAAGUAAGCACACUGCAGUCAGCUCCUUCAAGUCAGUUUCAAAAAGUGGCUGCGGCAUCCGCGGCCAAGGAACAGGAGAGCAAACAGAGCCCUGAGAACACCUUCCCACCCAGGGCAGCAGAGGGAUCUGGAAAACCUACUCAAAGCCAUUUUCUUCAAAUUCAGAAUGUAACACAGGAGAAGUUUGAUGAAAUAUCCGCAGAUAUUCUUAUUCAGUCUAUACCACAGUAUUCCAUACCCAGUCAGUCCAGCUCAAAUGUAGUGGUCGAACCCAGUGGUCUUCUGGACAUCACAAACUUUACCAGCCAACGGAUUGCCGAUGAAGAGUCUGUACACUAUUCAGCCAUGGAACAAGAUAUGGACAGUAGUAACGAAGAUGGUCCUGAGCUCAGUUCAACAGACAUUACGGCUGGGCAGCCACCGUGAAAGGGAAUGGCAGUUUUUAACUGACUAAGAUGUGCUGCUGAGUCUUCAGAAAUCUUUCCAGGAAAGGACAAGUGUUCGAGUUUUUAAAGAAUAUGUACAUAGAAACUUUUUUUGGAAGCUAAAACAUGUAAAGAAGAUUCUGUAUACAUACAUUUAGACUUUUAAAGUGAAUCUUGUGAAAAGUCCAUUUUUUAAAAAAAUAAUUAAAGAAGGUCCAAUCAUUUCCAUUUUUAUCCGAAAAUGAAGCACAGCUCCAAGAGUUCUUUUGGGUACAUCACUGUAGCCCUGUGGACAGCAGUCAGAGAUGAUGCAUCAUUAUGAUGAUAGCAGACUGGAGAUGGGUAUUCCUCAGAGGAAUGGAUGUCUUCGUACAUCAUUAAUAAUAAAGGAAAAACAAUCGAUAGUUCAUCUCACUGAAGCAAGAACCCACCUAGUACUGAGACAUGUAAAAUUAAUGACCAAUUGGCCUGUUUCCGCAUGGCUGCCUUUGCCAAGAAAAUGUUACGUUCUAGAUUAAGUUGCCUUGUUUAAGUCUGUAGUGAUAAUUUUGUAUGCUAAUUAUGUGGAUUUAUUGGAAGUUGAAAAGAUGGGAGAUAUCAUUUGGUGAGUACUUUACCUCCAAUCAUUAUUCCUUCAUAGUCAAUUAAAAAAUGUCUUGCAGGAAGGCAUUACAAAGUGCUUUUUCUUUUCAAGGUUUCACUGCUGAUCCUUUAAGGAUUUGAAGUAAAAUCUUAAAUAACAAAAAAAUACACAACAAACAGCAUUAGAUGCUCAUGUUUAAAGAUGUUGUGGUUUUUCAGCUAACUAAUAAAUCAUUAAGUUCACAGUUGGAAGCCUUAACUAAGUAGUAGAACUGCCUCAUCUGUAGGAAACUUUGAGACAUCUUGAAGUCAUGAAAAGCUCUACAAAAACACAGGCUUGUUGUUGAUCAAUCAAGUGUGGAAAAAUAAAGGAAAUUGGAGCAUUUUUUUCUAAACAAAGGCUGUUUGAUUGUACGGGUCUUUUAGGCAUUAAAAUGAUAUAGUCAGGUUAAUAUUUCUGGCUAGACUUUUUUAAGAAGUGGAAUGCAACCAUCGACUACAGCUCUGGUUAUUGAAACAAAAUGGGUUAAUAUUGCCUUCAUGGAAAAGACCAUAAAUGCAAUGUCAUGCUACCUUCUUCAGUUCCCAUAUUUAACAGCUCUCUUAAUGUUUUUUAGAGUUGCA